AUGUCAUCGAGUCAUCCAUCCACACCACCUUUGACAUUUUCAACGUCAACACCUUUACCAACGACAACAGGACAAAUAUCAUCAUCAUCAAAUAUAUCAACAACAACAGCAACAACAACAACAACAUGUUCAACACCAAUAUCAACAAACAAUAUAAAUAAUCCAAUCUCUGUAAAUUACAUAUCACCAAUACAACAAAAUAAACCAUACACUAAAAUAUUUUGGCCAAAUCGAUGUACAGACCAAAAAUCAGGUUAUUUAAUUGGUUUAAAUACUCGUAGUUUUGUAGUUUGUGUGGUUGAUAUUGUAACUGAUGUACCAUUAAAUGAAUUAGAAGUUAUAUUAAAUAAAAUGAAAUUUGAUAGAAGAAUGUUAGGUUGCCCAUUAGGAUAUACACCAAGAAUUUUAGGAGAAUGGAUUGGAAAAGAUAAGAAUAUUGAAAUACCAUUACCACCAAAGAAUUUACAAGAAUCUGAUAUUUGGAUAUCAAUGGAACGUACAGAAUCAGGUGACCCCUAUUUACGUAAAAUCUAUUGUAAUGAAUAUAAAAUUCAAACAUCUUCUCAAUUAGUAAUGUAUGAUGAUACACCACCUUAUUAUUAUACGUCAAUACCAAUUAAAUUUGAAUCAAUGUUAUCUUUAGUUUCAAAAGGUAAUAAAUCAUCAUUAUCCUCUUCAAAUUCUUCAAAAAUUACAAAAACAAAUAAUUCUGUAUUUGCACCAUCAUCAUCAUCAUCAUCCUCCUCCUCAUCACCAAAUGAUCCACCAUCACCAAAUUCAUCUAAAAAACAAAUUGGAUCAGAGUUAGAAUCAACAUUUAAACAAAUUAAUUGUUCAUAUGAUAUUAAAACUAUACUUCAAGAGACAAUUCAAAAACAUUUUCAAUUUAAAUUAUUAAGACAACAAAAAUUAGAAGAAUUACAAAGACAAGAACAAGAACAAAAACUAGCACAAAGACAACAACAACAACAACAGCAAUCAAGAGAUAAUCAAACAAAAGAUUCAGAUACUGAUACAGAACCACAAUCAUUCUUUUCAAAAACUUUAUUCACGCUUAGAUUUAGAAAGAAUAAUAAUAAUAAUAGUAAUAAUAAUAAUAAUAAUAAUAAUAAUAAUAAUAAUAAUAAUAAUAAUAAUAAUAAUAAUAAUAAUAAUAAUAAUAAUAAUAAAAAAUUAGAACAAGAUAAUAAAAUGAAAACUUCACCGCCCAUAUCAACUACUAAUAAUAUAUCACCAAGUAAAAGUAACGCAAAUAAUAAUAUUAAUAAUAAUAAUAAUAAUAAUAAUAAUAAUAAUAAUAAUAAUAAUAAUAAUAGUAAUAAUAGAAACCAAGAAAAGAAAACUAUUAAAGAUAUUUUAUAUAGACCAAUUUAUUUUUUCAUUUGGUUCGUUCAAAUAUUUUCAAGGUUAUUAGAAAGAAUUUUAUAUAUAUCAACACCAUUUAUUUAUAGUGGUUGUAAAUUAAAAGAUAUAACCACAUUUGGUACACAUUUAGAUAAUAGAAUAUUUCAAGUAAAACAACUAUCAAAACAAUGGGAAUCAUUAAAAAAGAAAACUUAUUGGAUUAAUAAUAAUGAUGAUAGAUCAUCUUAUAUCGAAUUUCAUAAUAGCGCAUGGUUAAUAUUUAAUGAUAUAUUAUUAGGUAUAGGUGCAGGAUUAUUAUUAAACUUUUUUAGUGGUCAUGUACUUGAUUUAAUUGGUAAAUUAAACUUUUUCUUAAAUAACGAUAUGUUAAAGUCUUUAAUAUUAUGGUUAAUGGGUUGGCCAGGUGGUUUCAAAUUAAAUGAAAAUUUAGAUAAAUUCUUUGGUAGAUUAAUUUUAUAUUAUAUUGAUAAAUGGAAUUUAAUUACAACAACUAUAUCACCACAUGGAGAACUAUUUUUACAAAUUGUUUGUCUAAGUGGUAUAAUGGGAUUAUCAUUUUUAAUUAGUGUUGUAAUUGAUUUAUUUUAUAUAUUCACAUUACAUAUAUCAGUGUUUUAUAGUGUUUCAGCAAGAUUUUAUUUACUUCAAAUGUUAUUAUUGAAAUCAUUAUGGAAUUUAUUUAGAGGUGUCAAAUUUAAUCCCUUAAGAAAGAGAACCGAUCAUUGUGAUUUCGAUGUUUAUCAAUUACUAUUGGGUACACUAUUAUUCACUUUAAUCUUUUUCUUAUUCCCAACAACUGCAAUCUAUUAUUUCUUUUUCGCCGUAUUCAAAUCUGGCGUAAGUUUGGUUAUGGCCAUCUUUGCUUUAUUAUUACACUUUUUAAAUACCUUCCCAUUAUUUAAUUUAGUGGUCUUCUUUAUUGAUAGUAGGUAUUUACCAGGUGGUGUUAUCUUUGAUUUUAAGAAAAAAGAUAUGGUUACAAUUCAAAAUAAUUUUAAUAUAUCCGAUCAACAUGAUCAAUUACAAGAUCAUUCACAAUUAAUUCAACAAAGUGAUCAAGAUGAACAACAACAAUCACAACAACAACAACAACAACAACAACAACAACAACAACAACAACAACAACAACAACAACAACAACAACAACAACAACAACAACAACAACAACAACAACAACAACAACAACAACAACAACAACAACAACAACAACAACAAUUACAUAAUAUAAAUUCACCAAUAUUACCAACAUGUAAUAAUAGUAUUAAUAAUAACAAUAAUAGUAAUAUUAAUAAUAAUAAUAAUAAUAAUAGUUUAUCAUCACCACCAAUUAUACAACAUGUUAGAAAUUUAAGUGGAACAUUAAUAUCAAAUUCAAAUGGUCUAAACUCUUCAACCAAUUCACAUAAAAGAAAUUUAAGUCAAUCAUCGGCAUCACCAAUACCAAGAAUUUCGACCCAAUUAGAAAUUACCUAUUUCUCAAUUAAAAUUAAACCUGCAAAUUUAUCAACUUUCUUUUUACCAACUAUUCAAUUAAUUCAAAAUACUGUUUCAACUUAUCAUCCAUUGAAAUUAUCAAAAUGUUUCUUUAUGGGAAAACCUUUAAAUAAGAUUUAA